GCGAGACAGAGAUUUAGACAAGAGUAAGAAGAAAUAAUAAAAAUGUUGGGAAAUAAGAUAAAGAAAGAUGGCGACUAACACAAAGACAGAGAAUAGAAGGAGAAAAAGUGGAAAGUAAGGAAGAUAAGGAACUAUGCAGCAGAUUUGAGUCAUGAACAAUCACUCUAUAUCGCGCUGGUUGGGACAGAUCGGACUUCCACAGUACACCAGAAUACUGGAGAAACAGUAUUACGGCCUUGAGGGUCUCCUUGAUGUAACAGAAGACGAUCUUAAACUAAUGGGAGUUGAAGACCCAGAUCACAGAGCAAUCAUCAUAAUCCAAUUGAAGAAACAACAACCACAGGGAAUACAAGCAAACAAAGAGAGUUGCUCAACAAGAACCACAGGCAGGAUGACUCGGAAGUAUUCUUUAGCAUUAUCACUCGACGUGGUCAAACCCACAACCGACCUCUUCCGUCAAAGCAUCAUGCCGCGACUGCGUCGCUGUGACAACCACAGAGUCUCCGCCUCCUGCCUCCAACUCAUGGGCCAAACCACUGAGGAAGACCACACCCCCUCCAGCAAACACAAACUCAGCAGGAGGAAGAGUGUAACAGCCUUCAUCAGUCAGGUGUUCUCAGGGCUGAAGGACAUGGACUCUCUGAAGAAGGAACUGGAGGAGGAACUUAAACUCAACCCUGAAGAUCUGAGGAGUCACGCCUGGUAUAAUGGACAGCUGUCGCGCGAGGGUGCGGAGCAGUUGUUGUGUAGGGAUGGUGAUUUUCUGGUGCGUGACUCCAGCUCCAGUGCAGGUGAAUACGUUCUGAGCUGCAUGUGGAACAAUCAACACGUGCAUUUCAAGAUCAUACGAGUCGUUCUGCGACCCAAACAGGGUUACUCCCGUGAGUUGUUUCAAUUUGAGAAUGAUCAGUUCGACAACAUUCCUGCGUUAAUUCGAUUCCAUGUCGGCGGACGGCGUCCUAUCUCAAAUUCCUCCGGAGCGAUUAUCUUUCAUCCAAUCACACGCACCCUGCCUCUACGCAUCAUCAGUGAGCACCAGGCUGCAAAAUCAUCGAGCUCAUCUCAUUGGUUGAGAGGUCAGAGCAAGAGGCGGAGCUUGAGUUCCUCUCAGAACGACACACUACAGGUCAACAACAACCUGCUCAGGAGUGGCAGUCAGCCUGCUAACCUGGAGACAGUGGGGAAACCAUCUCUACAGUCUGCACAAUCUGACAGCAACCUCCGCAGAGGUGUACCUCAGAUGAGUCCGCCACAGGAGUUAAGCCCCGCCCCCAUUUCGCCAGUGUUUCGCACAGGAAGUGAACCUCUACUCAGCCCAGCCACUUCCUGCGCCACUAGGCUUAGCCAAUCAGGUCUCGGUGGCUCGCCUUUCCGUGGCUCUGAUGGACAGCUGCAUUCUCGAGCACCGCCCAAACCACUGCGAAUCACCAUCCUGCCCCCCCCGACUCCGACCGUUUCUGAGGCUGACCCUGGCGAUCUCUAUGGUGAGCUGGUGCCACAGGUUCCAGUCACCAUGUUGCCCAAAGGUCACGCGACACAACUCCGUGCUCAGGAGAAAUGGAACAGUCGCGCGCUUCUCACCGAAACUAGCUUUGGGUUCCUAGAGGCGCAGAAACAGGAAGAAAAGCGGCGGUCGGGAGAGACAGUGAUGGAGAGAAUGAAGGACACGGACUGGCAUUUUGAGCGUCCACAGACUGAGACCACCUCAUGUUUUCGUCUGGAGGAAUUCCGCUCACUUCUGCUGUCGGAGAACAAUCGUCCACUGGAUCAGAACACACUUCUCAAAGUCAAAGAUCUGCUGACGCGCACUGAUGCCAGGACCACUGCGUUACACAUACUCAGUGUCAACUGCCAGGUGGCUCGGGUCACAGGUGUGACGGUGGAGCAGAAGAGGAUUAUGGGAGUCGAAACAGGUUUAGAGCUCAUCACACUACCACACGGAGGCCAGCUGAGACAAGACCUGCUGGAGAGGCAUCAUGUGAUAGCUCUGGGCAUCGCAGUGGACCUUCUGGGCUGUACGGGGACGGUGGGUCAGAGGGCGAUUGUGCUGCACAAGAUCAUUCAGCUGGCACAAGAGCUGCGGCACACCACACACGACCUGUACGCCUUCUCUGCUGUCAUGAAGGCCCUGGAGAUGCCACAGGUGGUGAGGUUGGAGAUGACGUGGAGAGCAUUAAGGCAGAAUCACACUGACAGUGCUGUGAUGUUUGAAAAGAGUCUUAAACCCUUCAUGAAAUCACUUAAUGAAGGAGACGACUCUGUUGUGUCGGGGCCGUUGUCUCUGCCUCACAUGGUGCCAUUGUUGAGUUUGAUGGAGGGGGAGCAGGACAUUGUGGAAUCGACAGGCAGAGGCUGCCAGCUGCUCUACAACCUGCUACAGUCAGCACGCAACGCUGCACUACACGCCAACGACUGCACACUGCAUGCUUACAGCCUGCUCUCUGCUGGUUGGGAGCCAAUCCCAGAGCUGAUGGAGGUGUUUCAGACAGAGUUUGCUCUUCGUCUCUUCUGGGGCCAAACAGGUGCAAAGGCUGAACGGAAGGAGCGCUACACCAAAUUCAAUAGGAUCCUAACUGUGCUGUCCAACAAACUGGAACCAGACAAAACCUCUGAAGUUUGACAUCCUAAUCUUAAAGGGAUAUUCCACCCAAAAAUGAAAAUACUGUUAUUUACUCACCCUCAUGCCAUUCGUUGUUCUGUGGAGCACAAGAGAAGACAUUCUGAAAUAAAUCCAGGCCACUCUGUACCAUACAAUGAAAGUGAAUGGAGUAUGCUGUCAUGCUCCACAAUGACAAAAAAAAACCCCGUAAUUAAUGUAACAUAAAAGUACAACAUACCACUCAUGUGCUAUAUUUUAAAUCUUUUCAAGUCAUAUGAUAGCUUUCUGUGUGAAAAACAGAUCCAAACUUAAGUUGAUAUUCACUGAAAAUAAUCCCUUAUAUACAGUGUAAUCGAACCUAACCGCUGUUACUAGACCGAAUCACUGAGAACUCGAGAACGGAUCAGUCCGAUUCCUUAAAUCAACUGGAGCAAUCGAUUCAAUUUCUGGAUCUGAUUCACAAGAACGGUUAGUUCAUGAAUGGGAGUUAAAAAGAUAAGUUUUAAAUUUGGGAGAACUAUUCCUCUUCUCAUCAAUGCAAUCUGAUGGUGGAAGCAGGAACCAAGCCAUUCUACAUCCAAUUCUUAUUGGCUAUCUAGAGGAAAGGGGGAUGGGCUUCUGAAAACUGUUUGAGAUUGAUAUUUAUUCACAAUUAAGCAGGAAAUGUUGGGAAAUGAGAUGAGAAAGAAUCUCAGGUCAUAAAAGGCUUUCAGACAUUGUGUUGGAGAAAUACAGACCUUGCUUAAGCUCCUCACUUCAAAAGAUGUUGAUUUUACUCACAUUUGUAUGAUUGUUGUUUUAUUUUAUGGCUUGUAUCACAACCAGCUUAAGGUGCAUUACUGCCAGCAACUGGACUGAAUGUGACAUUGUGAUUUGUCUUAUCUGAGUGUUUUUCUAUAGGUGUUGAGUUCUUCUGACUCUUUAUAUGGAAAUUAAUUAAAAUGGAAAUUAAUAUAUCAAACUGUGAUAAGACUCAUUUACAUUUAUGCAUUUG